AUGUCGAGAGAAAGUCGACGCGUGUUGGAAACGCCUAUGGAGAAAAAGGCGGGAGACGAAUUUGUGAAAAAUGAAAGAAAGACGUCGGAUUCGUCGGCGACACCUUACACGCCGACGACGUCUUCUAACAAGGGGUCAGUUCGAAGAUUUGCGAAUUUCAGUUUGGAAUAUUCUGUUUUCGAAAUUUAGUGUUCGUCCUACAUUUUUUUGAACAUGCAAGCCUAAAAAACAAACUGAUACUAUUUUUUCUACACAAAAUUUGGAUUCACUGUUCGUUUAUAAGUUUAUAACCUAAAAAAGCAGUUUUACACGGACUUUGGAAACUGAUUAUAUAAUUUGAUGCCUGUCAAAGGUUUACUAAACACCGUUCUCGAAGUUGUUUAGCUAACUUUUAUUUUUAAUUCGCAUAGGCGAAAAAAAAAGCUUUAGAGUUUCUGGAAGCCAAAUCGAAUUUCUGUUUUUUUUUUAAAUCAAAUUUUAAUACCCGCGUCUUAUCAAUCUUAUCCACUUUUCGGGCUCCUUUUGUGAAUGAAAUAAACAGAUUUUUUUCGAAAAAAAUCUUCCCAACCUUUUAAUGAAGGAGAGCUUCCUUUGUAGACGUCGCUCGAAAAAACGCGGCCAUCCCUGUCCUUCCGUUGAACCUUUGGUGAAAGCUUCGCCUCUUCCGCCUUCCAGUGGUUCUGAUGUAAGGAGGAACGCCAUCGAUGAUUCCCAUAUCACAUCUUUUAGUUUUCUGUGACUUGCAAACAGCGCUCGGAAAAGUUUGAUAAUCUGACAGUGUCCGACGAUGUUAACGAAGUCAAACUUAUUCAAAGAAAAGUUGACGCAAGUGAGUUUAUGACUUCAAAAAAAUUCUGAAAAGGGAAACUUUAAUGAAUUCGUUUUUCAAAAAGGAACCCAUAUAGAUUUAGUCGGCGGGCUAUUAUCAGCAACGCUCCCUUUUUUCAGAAACUUCAAAUAAAGUGGCAUUUUCUUCUGUAAAAAAUUGAAAUUGAGGUUUCAAGGAUUUAACUAAUUUUUUUCAUGCAUAAAAAAAGGAAAAAUUUUUUUGAUCCAAUGUAUGGCAAUUUUUUUCAAAAAGGUAAUUAUAAUAAAGAAAUUGCCCUGGACCGAUCUUCCUUCUCUGAACAUUGAACAUAAGUCUGGAUUUUAAAGGGCGUGUUUGAUCAGUUUUCACUCUAACUUCGACAAAGACUACUUUGAUUCUUCCAUGUCCUAUCGUUUUAAAACAAUCCCCUGACUUUUAUUUUGGAAAUUCAUAUGAUUUGAUAAUUUCCUGGCGGGCUAAUUAUGAAUUUAGAGUCUUGCCAAGUUUUUUUCUUCGAGAAUUUUCGAGGAAGUAAAAAAACCGUUUUUUCAGCCCUCUAUGAUACAAACCUGAAGAAAACAGCACAAGAAAGGGCGAAAGCCGCAGUUGAUCACGAGAAAAAGUCUCCUGUUGAUAUGGUUUGAAUGACCAGAAAUAUUAAAAAUUGAAGAAGUUUUUUUUUCUAGGGCGACGAUACUUUGAAAGGCGUCGAAUCACUCCAAAUGGAGUUUCCUGAUCAACCUACUAAGGUUUUUAGGAGGAUUAAAACUGUUAUAUCUAAUUUAUUCCAGAAAACAUCAGAGACUUUGGUCACUCAAAAAAUGACAAUUACACGUUCUGAAGUAAGAAAUGUUUAAAAAUAGCUGCCUCUUAAAGAUUUAUUCGUAAAAUUCUGUAUUGAAAACGACUUGAAACGAAUUGGUCGCACGUAGAAUGGCUCAAAGGGUUGUAGUUGCGCUGCCGUUUAAUCUGAACCUUUGAAGUUUUCUUUUGACUUGAUUCAAAGUUCUAAUGAGCGAAAAUCGCUUCAUGGUCGGGCCUGUGUAAUAAAUUGGAGUCUUUCUAGGUGCGACCACGGUACUUCCAUGUUCAUUAUAAUGCUAAUUGAGAAUCGAUCUGAUUUUCACAGCAGGGUUUUUUCCUUUUAUCGGGAUUUUAUUUUUCAUAGUUUUUUUUCUUUUCGAAUCAAAGCUAUAAAAAAAAAUUUAAAAAGCGUUGAUAAAAUUUGUUAUUUUUUGCUACUUCCAGAAACGCACUCAGGAGCACAGUGACUACGUGGGUCACCGGAAACUGAGCCCCGGGACGAAACAAGAGGUCAACCUCUACGCAAUUUAG